GAGCAAGUAACAAUCGUUCUUUGAUCUUUCACAAGCCCUGCACCCUAAUGAGCUUGUCAUGACGCCGACAUCAACCAUUCAAGAUGGGUACAGGUGCGGGGCAUUGCGACUCUGUUCAUCUAGGUUGGUUGGCAUACAGAAAUUUUGCUAGGCGGCGAAUGAGGUACCUAGGUAGGUAAAUAAAUAAAUGUCUCAAUCGCCGAAAAAAACGCAGAUCCAUCCUUUGCUGUUCAUAAAAGGCCAAAGAUGAAAUGAUUUUUUAUAUCGGCCACAUCCCCGUAAAAUACAGCCAUUCCAUGUCAUAAUGGCUCCACGAACAGAAGGCAGCAAUUAUGACUCGAAUCCAAAUGGAACGGACCCAAGCGGCUACAUUGUCGAGUCUGCACAACCCAUCGAUCCAGAGGUGGCGAAACGGGCAUUGAGGAAGAUCGAUCUUUUUCUCAUGCCCGCCAUGGUCAUUGGCUAUGGGCUCGUCUACUACGACAAAGCCAUUCUCGGCAGCGCUGCCCUUUUCGGCAUGACCUCGGAUCUACGCCUCUCAGUCGUAGAUCCUGUCACCGGCACGGCAGACACCACCCGUUUGAGCUGGGCCACAUCCAUCUUCUACUUUGGCCAACUCGUAGGCUCCUAUCCCAUGAUAUAUACCCUGCAGCGCUUCCGGACCCGUCAUGUACUUCCGUCGGUCGUCAUGGUCUGGGCCAUCAUAUGCGCCGCCACCGCCGGCGUCACCACCUGGCAGGGUCUCCUGGUCCAGAGGUUCUUCCUUGGCUUCACUGAAGCCAUCAUCCCGACCGCCUUUGUCACCACCGUCAGCGGCUUCUACACCCAGUCCGAGCAAGCUCUGCGCCAAAGCUGCUGGUUGUCCGCCACGGGAUGGUUUAUCGUCAUUGGUGGCGCUCUGAACUACGCCUUUGCACAGAUUCGAGGCGGCGCUCUGACCUCAUGGCAGUACAUUUACGUGCUCGCUGGCGCCCUGACUUUCUUGUUUGGAAUAUGGUGCCUUUUCCUACCAAAUUCUCCCCUGGACGCAUGGUUCCUCACUCCCGAGGAACGCGUCGCUGCUCUGGAGAGGCUCCGGGCAGGCCAGACGGGGGUGAGGCGUGAUGUGCAUGAGAUCAAGAUGGGGCAGGUCGUAGAGGCCCUGUACGACGUCAAGGUUUGGCUCGUUUUUGUAAUCAUGGCAGCGGCAUAUACUGUCAAUGGUGCUGUCUCGGGUUUCGGCCCCUUGAUCGUCUCGACUUUUGGCUACUCUGCUCUAGACAGCAUCCUCUUUCAGUUCCCCCUCGGCUUGAUCAGCGCCGUCGGCAUCCUGAUCACCGGCUGGUUCUCGGCGCGCACCCCAGACAUUCGCAUCCCGCUCCUUAUAGCCUGCUGCCUGCCCGUCAUCGCCGGCUUCGUCACCAUUUGGAAGUCGGACUGGGGCGGCGUCAGCAGCAGGCCUGUUGCCCCCGUGGUCGGCUAUUCGCUCAUUGGGUUCUUCGGGCCUGCAGUCAGCCUGACGGUCGCCCUUGGGGCUGGCAACGUUGCAGGCGAGACCAAGAAGAGCUUCGUGGCGGCGGCCGUCUUUGUGGCGUACUGCGUCGGGAACAUCGUCGGCCCGCUAAUGGUCAGGAGUCAGAGUAGGAGGGAGCACUAUCCCGAGUUGUGGAUUGGGUUGAUUGUCUGUUACUGCAUUGUGAUUGCCUCGGCUUCGGCGCUAUAUGUGAUCCUUCGCCGAGAGAACAAGAUAAGGGCGCAACUGCCGGAAGACCAGGAGGAACGUGACAGGUUAGCGUUCAAAGAUCUUACAGACAAGGAGAACAAGUACUUUAGAUAUGUGAUGUAAUGGGGUCAGCAAACAGGAAUAUAUGUUAGUCCCAGAUGCCGAUUGAGGAAAACAAG